AUGAGCCACAUCGCCAAACUUUCCAACGAGCCACUGGAGCUGAUGUCCGAGAUCGACGGAUGGAGAGUGAUCUCCGGGAUUUGGGAGGGGAAAAUGGAUCAGACGUCCCGUCCCGUCAAGGUUUGGCGAUACACGCCGAAUCUCCACGGCCAUGCAGUGGACCUUGACCAUGACGACAUCGUGCUGCAGGGUGUCCUCCAUUCCGGGGAGGUCAAGCGUCCGACUCAUGUGCGUCGGACAUUCUACGGGGUAAUACCCCUCGGAGGAGAGAGGUUGAAAAAGCAGGGUGAAGGAGAGAGCUAA